UUUUGUUUUGCAGUCCGGCCAUGACGUCUAGCAUGAGCUGGUGGUGGAGAGGUGCGCCCCUGAAGCGCGAGGAUGAGCAGGUCGCCGCAGCGGCCGAACCGUCGCCCUUCCAGAGCGUCGCGCUCGUCGUCGGCUCCACCGGCAUCGUGGGCACCUCCCUCGUCGACAUACUCCCCCUCCCGGACACCCCAGGCGGGCCGUGGAAGGUCUACGCUCUCUCCCGCCGGCCUCUUCCGCCCUGGUCCCCCCCGCCGCCGUCCUCCGUCACCCACCUCCACCUCGACCUCGCCGACCCCGUCGCCGUCGCCGAGGCCCUCACGCCCCUGAACGACGUCACCCACGUCUUCUACGCCGCCUGGUCCCCGCGUGCCACCGAGGCGCAGAACCGGGAGGUGAACUCCGCCAUGCUCCGCAACGUCCUCUCCGCCGUCGUCCCCAGCUGCCCCGCCAUUGUCCACAUCUCCCUCCAGACCGGGACGAAGCACUACAUGGGGCCGCCGGAGGCCUUCGGUCGGACCGCGGCGCUGGACCCGCCCUACAGUGAGGACAUGCCGCGGCUCGACUGGCCCAACUUCUACUACGACCAGGAGGACCUGCUCUUCGACGCUGUCGCGCAGUGCGGCGACGGCGCUGCCGUCAGCUGGUCCGUGCACCGUCCCAACCUCAUCUUCGGCUUCUCCCCCCGGAGUGCCAUGAACAUCGUCUGCAGCAUCUGCGUCUACGCCGCCAUCUGCCGCAAGGAGGGCGUUCCACUGCGGUGGCCGGGAUCCCUUGGGACUUGGGAGGGGUUUAGCAGCGCGUCCGACGCGGACCUCAUUGCCGAGCAGCAGAUCUGGGCAGCCGUCGACCCCACGGCCAAGAACGAGGCCUUCAACUGCAGCAACGGGGACAUCUACAAGUGGAGGCAGCUGUGGCCGAUACUAGCUGAGCGUUUUGGGUUGGAGUGGGUAGGUUACGAGGGUGAAGAGAACCGGGUGAAGGUCUCGGAGGCCAUGGCUGGGAAGGAGCCCUUGUGGGCGGAGAUCGUCAAGGAGAACCAGCUCGUGCCGACGCAGCUCCACGAGGUCGCUAAUUGGUGGUUUGUCGAUGCCUUGUUCAGUGUCGAAUUGGAGUUUCUGGACAGCAUGAACAAGAGCAAGGAGCAUGGGUUCCUUGGUUUCAGGAACACCAUCAAGUCAUUCAAGUCAUGGAUCGACAGGAUGAAAGCUUACAACAUUGUUCCCUGAUUGAUGCUUUGGUUUAGCUUCUGUGUUGUCGAUCGGCAUCUCCUUGAUGGUGCACGCCUUUUUUGUGUUGUUAAUAACCAUCGUCAUGUUCAGGUUUCCUCUUGGAUACAGUUUAAUUUCUUUACUUCGUUUCGAUUUUGCAUCA